CUCUCUCUCUCUCUGUUGCGAGGUCAUAUAAUUCAGACAACGGUGUUUUCUGUAUUUAUAUUUGCAGUCAGCACUGUGUCGCAAGGAAGAAGAAGAACAGGGACACAGCAACGCACGCUCGAAUUCACCUGAGAGCUACUCACAAAGAUCAUCAUGUCAAACGUCGGUCCUUGCUUUGGUCUGUCCCGGGAGGUACAGAGUAAGAUUGAUAAGAAAUACGACCCAGAACUGGAGGAAAAGUUGACGGAGUGGAUCGUCGCUCAGUGCGACCCUGAAGUGGGCCAGCCUGAGCCGGCCAAGAUCGGAUUCCAAAACUGGCUCAAGAACGGAAUUGUGCUGAGUAAGCUCAUCAACAGCCUGUAUGCUACCAACAAGCCGAUAAAGACCACCAAGACCUCCACCAUGGUGUUUAAGCAGAUGGAACAAAUAUCUUUGUUCCUCAAAGCUUCAGAAAACUAUGGAGUCACCAACACUGACAUAUUUCAGACUGUAGACCUCUUUGAAGGCAAGGACAUGGCUGCUGUCCAGAGGACCCUGAUGGCUCUGGGUAAUUUGGCUGUCACAAAGGACGACGGAUGUUACAAAGGAGACCCUAACUGGUUCCACAGGAAAGCCCAAGAGAACAAGAGAGAUUUCUCAGAGGAACAGCUGACCGAAGGCAAAAAUAUCAUCGGCCUGCAAAUGGGCACAAAUAAAGGAGCAUCUCAGGCUGGAAUGACGAGCUACGGACAACCCAGGCAGAUCAAGCCGUGAAAUGGUGCAUAGCUGAAACACUACUUCGUCUACUCUCUGAAAGGCCAGCAAGGACCAUGAGAAGUGUCACCUGACUGUUUUCGAGGCUAAACUGGACCAAAACGGGGACGAAAAAGAAGAUGUGCACACACUUCAAGUUGAGUAGGCCUCCACAAAUUGACUCCUUAAAUAGUGUAAAGUGUUAAAAUAGUGUUAAAUAGUUUAAGUAAAGUUGACAGAGCAUUUGACAUAGUUACAGUUUUUAAUUUAAAGGACAAUUCCAGUUGUUUUUUCAUGUUUUAACCCACUUCCUAAAAUAAUCCAAUGUGCUUCACUGCAAAGCACAAUAUAUCACAAGAUAACACAAUCUGCAGUUAGAUUUGCAAUCAAUGUGUCAGACCUUCUUUAGCAUUUCAUACGUGAUAUAGAAUGAGAAUGAUUUUUAAAUAAAGUUUGAUUUACAUUUAAAGAA